AUGAUUGGUUGCGGAAAAUCUCUUAAUUGUCUAGUGCUAAGAAUAAUAGCAGCAAUAUUUGUCUUCUUGAUAGCAACGGUUGUGGCAAUUAACGUUCCUAAUCCUAAUUAUGCCGAUGCCCUAACAAAAAGUAUUCUCUUCUUCGAGGGACAAAGGUCUGGUAAAUUACCCCCUAACCAGCGCAUGACUUGGAGAAAAGAUUCUGCUCUUCUUGAUGGAGCUGACAAGGGUGUGGAUUUGGUAGGUGGGUACUAUGAUGCUGGUGACAAUGUCAAGUUCCACUUUCCGAUGGCUUUUACAACAACCAUGUUGGCUUGGAGUGUCGAGCAGUUUAAAAAUUCAAUGGGACCAGACUUGCAACAUGCCAUGGAGGCUAUCAGGUGGUCCACGGAUUAUUUCUUAAAGGCCACAAACAUUCCCAACGUGGUUUUUGCACAAGUAGGUAACGCGGAGGGUGAUCACAACUGUUGGGAAAGGCCUGAAGAUAUGGACACUCCUCGUACUGCUUUUGCAGUUACUGCACAAGCUCCUGGUUCUGAAGUUUCUGCUGAAAUUGCUGCUGCUCUAGCUGCUGCCUCUGUGGUUUUUAAACCUACUGAUCCCGCAUAUUCCAAAUUGCUUAUCAACAGAGCUGUUCAGGUUUUUGAAUUUGCAGAUAAAUACAGGGGAUCUUACAAUGAUCACAUAGGAUCAUGGGUGUGCCCAUUCUAUUGUGAUUACAAUGGAUACAAAGAUGAAUUGCUUUGGGCAGCAGCGUGGCUCCUCAAAGCUACAAGAAAGCCUAUGUAUUGGAUCUACGUUAAGCAAAACAUAAUAAACUUCAAAUCAGACAUGGAAAGCGGCUUAUCAGAAUUCGGAUGGGAUGCCAAGCAUGCUGGUAUCAAUGUGCUUAUCUCCAAGUUUGUUCUCGAUAACCCUUCAAAUGCUAACCCCUUCCUUCCAUACGCUGAUACAUUCGUCUGCAGUGUAUUGCCUGAAUCUCCCACCAAUACAGUCAGAUACACUCCAGGUGGACUCAUGUACAAAUCAGGGAUUUGUAAUAUGCAAAAUCCAACAGCUCUGUCAUUUCUACUCCUUACCUAUGCACGCUACAUGAAGAGCAGAGUCAUUCGUUGUGGCAACAUUGAUGUAACUCAAAAGAUGCUAAUUCGUUUUGCAAGAAGCCAGGUGAAUUAUAUUCUUGGGAUAAAUCCAAUGAACAUGUCAUACAUGGUUGGAUUUGGAACAAAAUUUCCUCAAAGAAUACACCAUAGAGGGGCUUCAUUGCCGUCUAUCGAUCAACAUCCAGAGAAGAUGGGAUGUAAAGAAGGGACACCAUAUUUCCUCAGUGAAAAUCCAAAUCCCAACUUGCAUAUAGGAGCUGUGAUUGGAGGACCUGAUAUCAAAGAUUAUAUUGUUGAUUCUAGACCCAAUGCUGCCCAGUCAGAACCAACUACAUAUGUAAAUGCACCACUUGUUGGCCUGUUAGCUUAUUUUAAAGCACAUCCCUAG